CCUAGCUUCCAGUCCAUAAGCUCUCUCUCUCGAUAUUUCCCUCUUUCUUCCCCAAACAAAUUCAUCAAAUAAACCCUAAGCUUCCAUCUCCAUCUUCAUCUUCAUCUUCCUUGAUAUAUAUAUAUAUAUAUAUAUCUUCUGCAACUUCUGGGGUUUAAUUAGCAAAAACAAUACUUGUAGAAGAUGAGGACAGCAGGCUACAGUGUCCACCACACCCUAACCACAGAGGCUGCAACCAUUGUAAAGCAGGCCAUAAGCCUGGCCAGGCGGCGCGGCCACGCCCAGGUGACUCCUCUCCACGUCGCCGCCACCAUGCUGGCCACCUCCGCCGGCCGCCUCCGAGCCGCCUGCCUUAAGGCCCAUUCCCACCCUCUCCAGUGCAAGGCCUUGGAGCUCUGCUUCAAUGUGGCUUUAAACCGUCUACCGACUUCAACAUCUAGCCCUAUUCUAGCCCCUCACUACCACCACCACCACCAGCAGCCGGCCCUCUCCAACGCCCUCGUCGCCGCCUUCAAGCGGGCGCAGGCCCAUCAGCGCCGGGGCUCGGUUGAGAGCCAGCAGCAGCCCAUUUUAGCCCUGAAAGUGGAGCUAAAUCAGCUUGUGGUCUCCAUCUUAGAUGACCCCAGUGUCAGUAGAGUGAUGAGAGAAGCCGGCUUUUCCAGCACCCAAGUAAAAGCCAAUGUAGAACAAGCUGUUUCUUUGGAGAUAACAAUUUGCUCACAGAGCACUACUACUCCUCCUGUAAGUUGCCAAUCCAAGCUUGACUCAACUGAACAACAGCAAGCUUGCAGGGAAGAUGAUGUAAUGAGUGUGAUAAACUCACUGUUGAGCAAGAAAAGGAGGAACACUGUAAUUGUUGGAGAGUCACUGGCUAGUGCAGAAGCAGUGGUUAGAGGAGUGAUUGAUAAGUUUGAGAGAGGAGAUGUAAAGGAAGAUCAUUUGAGGUAUGUGCCAUUCAUAAACCUUCCUCUUUUCUCUCUGAAAAACCUUGGCAUUGAAGAGGCUGAGCAGAGGAUGAGAGAGCUCAGGUGCCUAGUGAAAAGCCAUGUGGGAAGAGGGUUGGUCUUGUAUUUGGGCGAUCUCAACUGGGUAUCUGAGUUUUGGUCAAGUUAUGGCGGGCAUAGCAGAAACUAUUACUGUCCAGUGGAACUCAUGAUCAUGGAGCUCAGUAGAUUGCUGAGUGGAGGUGAGCAAAGUGGAAAGCUUUGGCUCAUGGGGAUUUCAACUUUCCAGACUUACAUGAGCUGUAGGAGUGGCCAUCCUUGUUUGGAAACUCUCUGGCAACUUCACCCUCUCACGGUUCCAGUUGGCAGCCUUGGACUAAGUCUCAACUUGGACAGUGAUUUGCGAGGCCAGUUCCAAAGCAAGGCACUGGGAGAUGAAUACUCAAGCUGGUCACAGAUCAAGAUUGGAGUUGAGAAGAACCUCAUUUGCUGCAUAGAUUGCUUGGCUAAUUUCAACAGAGAAGCUCGAAGAAUGGCCGCAAACACUUGCCACAAGGAGUCUUCUUCCACUUCCACUGGCUCAAACUUGCCUCCAUGGCUCCAACUGUACAAGGAAGAGAGCAAAAGAAAAACUAUCAAUGACCAGGAAUUGAGCAACCUUAGAGAACUCUGCAAGAAAUGGAACUCAACCUGCAGUUCACUCCACAAACAGCACCAUUUUCUUGAGAAAACCCUAAAUUUCUCUUCAUUGUCUUCUCCUUCCUCCUCUACUUCAGUCUCUUCCUAUGACUUGCACCAGACCCUUACGGAUUGGCCUAUGAUUUUUGGACCCAAAAGGUUGCCUAAAGAACACCAAUUCUUAACAUCCGAUAACGAGGCAAAGCCUGACUUGUUAUCCAACCCAAAUUCCAGUCCUAACUCGGCUUCUUCCAGCGAGGCGACACUAAACGAGGAUGAUCAGUGCUUUCAGAGGUUCAUGGAGCAUAAUUCUGAGAACUUGAAGGUUCUAUGCAAUGCCUUGGAGAAGAAGGUUCCUUGGCAGAAGGAAGUAGUUUCAGACAUCGCGAACACGAUCCUCCAGUGCAGGUCAGGGAUGGUGGCAAGAAAGGGCAAGCGCAAAGAUCACAAAGAAGAAACCUGGUUUUUCUUCCUGGGUGUUGAUUAUAGGGGCAAAGAGAAGAUCGCAAAGGAGCUGGCCAAGCUUGUGUUUGGCUCCCAUGGAAACUUCGUCAAGAUUGGGCUCAGCAGCUUCUCAUCAACAAGGGCUGAUUCAAGUGAAGACCAAGAGAUGAUCAGUAACAAAAGAUCAAGGGAUGAAUCUGGUGGGUAUCUAGAGAGAUUUGCAGAGGCAGUGCAGGCGAAUCCCAGCCGCGUGUUCUUCAUGGAAGAUGUGGAGCAAGUAGAUUAUUGUUCUCAGAAGGGAAUCAAGAACACCAUUGAAAGUGGAAAGAUCGAGCUUUGUGAUGGUGGCGGAUUGGUUUCUCUUAAGGAUGCCAUUGUCAUUUUCAGCUGCGAAAGCUUCAGCUCAAUGUCCAGGGCCUGUUCUCCUCCUUCCAAGGAGAGAGAUGAUGAUGAUGAUGUAUCAGAGGAGAAAGCAAUACAGGUUGGUUCCCUGGAUCUGAACAUUAAUGCCAAUUGUGAAGAAGAAGAAGAUGAUGAUGAUGAUGAUUCAGUUGGUGAGAUUGGAUUCUUGGAUUCAGUGGACAGGAAAAUCAUCUUUAAGAUUCAGAUUCUGUGAAAUUAAUGAUGAUCCAGCAUAGCAGUGUGGAUUAAUUAGGAGUAAUCAACUCUUUUUUGUUUUGUUUUUUAUAUAUGUUUUGUGAGAGAAAAAGAAUUAAAUUGGAUGGGGGAAAGGAAAAUAUGUAAUGAACAACACUAAGUACUGUGAUGAAUGCCAUGUGAUGUAGAAGAUGUAAAUUAAUUAAAUAGAACAGCCCUGUUUACUUGUGAUCA